AGUUUGACAAGUGGAGGCAGCCCAUAAGGAAUGCCCCCUCCUUCCGAAAAGACAGGGCGGGAAGUCGGUCUCGGGAGAAAACUUUGGCGAGGCUGAUGCAAGGACAGGAGAGAGGGAGAAGAGUUUCUCAUGCUCUGACAUCAUCUCCUGAUUUGAAGAAAAAGAAAAACAGUCUGUCUAGGAGAGAUUGACAGUGCUUCUAAUGUGCUGACAUCAUCUGGCUUGAAGAAAAAGAAAAACAGUCUGUCUGGGAGAGAUUGACAGUCCCCUUUAGACUGGCAUCCAGCCCCCUCAUGCUUCCCGGAGCAGCGUGUUGAAGUGAAUGAGCAGGAGAAGGAGAAUUACUGAGAUCCAUCUGCGGUGUCAUUAGAAACAAGCAAGUAUAACGUGGUGAAAUUAAUGUUUAAAAAUCAAAGGGAUUGAAAAGGUAUGAGGGAAAUAAGUCAGAGAUUGAGAGGAAGAAAUCCUCUACUCCUUAGGCUGUUGACAUCCAUGAAGGCCUGAUCCAGCAAGAAGACUGCAAAGAAACAGAAGGGGAAAGCAUCCAGUAUGAGGGGGAAAAUAUCAAAUUUAAAUGAGAUGCUGCAGAAUUCACACAAGGGAAAUACCAUCUAAAUGAAUGGAGUGUGGGAAGAGCUUGAGUCACAGUCAUGGCCUAAUUGAGCAUAAAGGAAUCGACACGGGGGGAAUUAAUUUGCAUGCAUUAAAUGCAUGAAGUGUGCAACGAGCUUCAGUCAUAGCAAAAGCUAUUCCACAUGAGAAUCUACAGAGGAGUGAAACUGUUUUAAUGUGUUGAGUAGGGAAAGACCUUCGGUGACAGCGUCAAAAGGCCCACGCAGGGAAGAAGCCUUGUAAACUUAUGGAAUGUGUAAAUAGACUCAGUCAUAGCAGACUUUGACUAAUCACCAUUACAGGGGUCUAGCCACUGAAGUGUGUGCACUGUGGAAAGCAUUUCACUCAUAGCGAUAGUUUUACUGCAUAUCAAAGAACCCCACAAAGAUGAAGGCAUAUAAAUGUAAGGAGUGUGGAAAGAGUUUCAGUCAUAGAAAUGACCUUACUUCACAUCAAAAAAUGCACACAAGGAUGAAACCAUUUAAAUGUGUGGAGUGUGGAAGGAGUUUCAGUCGUAGAGACAGCCUUAUUGUACAUCAAAGAAUCCACACAGGGGUGAAGCCAUAUGAAUGUGUGGAGUGUGGAAAGAACUUUAUUGACAGGAGUAACCUUACUUCACAUCAAAGAACCCAUACAGGGGAGAAACCAUUUGAAUGUAUGGAAUGUGGAAAGAGCUUCCGCUCUAGUACCCACCUUAUUUCACAUCAAAGAACCCACACAGGACUGAAGCCAUAUGAAUGUGUGGAGUGUGGAAAGACCUUCAGUCAAAGCGGAAGCCUUAAUUUUCAUCAAAGAAUCCACACAGGGGUGAAACCACAUAAAUGUAUGGAAUGUGGAAAGAGCUUCCAUUCUAGUGCACACCUUACUUCACAUCAAAGAACCCACACAGGGGUGAAACCACAUAAAUGUAUGGAGUGUGGAAAGAGCUUCCGUUCUAGUGCACACUUUAAUUUACAUCAAAGUAUCCAUACGGGGGUGAAACCAUUUAAAUGUUUGGAAUGUGGAAAGAGCUUCAGGCUUAGAUACAGCCUUACCUCACAUGAAAGAACCCACACAGGGGUGAAACUAUAUGAAUGUGUGGAGUGUGGAAAGAGGUUUAGUCAAGGACGAACACUUAAUUUGCAUCUAAAAACCCACACAAAUGUGAAGCCAUAUGAAUGUAUGCACUGUGAAAAGAGCUUCAGUAAAUAUGGACAACUUUUCCAUCAUGAAAUAACCCACACAGGACUGAAGCCAUUUAAAUGUAUGGAGUGUGGAAAGGGUUUCACUGGUAGGGGUGCCCUUAUUAUACAUGAAAGAAUCCACACAGGGAUGAAGGCAUAUAAAUGUAUGGAGUGUGGAAAGAGCUUUAGUCAGAGUAGUGGCCUAAUGUCACAUCGAAGAAUCCAUGCAGGGGUGAAACCAUAUGAAUGUGUGGAAUGUGGAAAGAGUUUCAGUCGUACCGAUCACCUUAUUUCACAUCAAAGAACACACACAGGGGAGAAACCAUUUAAAUGUGUGGAGUGUGGAAAGAGUUUCAGUCGUACCGAUCACCUUAGUUCACAUCAAAGAACCCACACAGGGGUGAAGCCAUAUGAAUGUGUGGAGUGUGGAAAGGGUUUCAGUUGUAGAGGUAACCUUACUGUACAUCAAAGAAUCCACACAGGGGUGAAGCCAUAUGAAUGUAUGGAGUGUGGAAAGAACUUUAGUGACAGGAGUUCCCUUGUUUCACAUAAAAGAACCCAUACAGGGGAGAAACCAUUUAAAUGUAUGGAAUGUGGAAAGAGCUUCAGUCACAGGGGAAGCCUUACUUUACAUCUAAGAACCCAUACUGGGGAUAAACCAUUUAAAUGUGUGGAGUGUGGAAAGAGCUUCCGUUCUAGAGGAGGCGUUACUUCACAUCAAAGAACACACACAGGGGUGAAGCCAUAUGAAUGUCUUGAGUGUGGAAAGGGUUUCUCUCAUAGAGUUAGCCUUACUAUACAUCAAAGUACUCACACAGGAGUGAAACCAUUUAAAUGUGUCGACUGUGGAAAGACAUUCAGUAAUAGAGGAGACCUUGCUAGACAUCAAAGAAUCCACACAGGGGUGAAACCAUAUGAAUGCGUGGAGUGUGGAAAGAGUUUUACUCGAACACAUCACCUUACUUCACAUCAAAGAACACACACGGGGGAUAAACCAUUUAAAUGUGUGGAGUGUGGAAAGAGCUUUAGUCAUACUAAUAAUCUUAAUUUACAUCUAAGAAUCCAUACAGGGGAGAAACCAUUUAAAUGUAUCGAAUGUGGAAAGAGCUUCAGUCUGAGAGGAUACCUUACGUUACAUCUAAGAACCCACACAGGGGUGAAACCAUUUAAAUGUGUUCAAUGUGGAAAGACCUUCAGUCAAAGCUCACAUCUUACUUCACAUCAAAAAACUCACACAGGGCUGAAACCAUAUAAAUGUAUGGAAUGUGGAAAGAGCUUUAGUCACGGUAGUGGCCUAACGUCACAUCAAAGCAUCCAUACAGGGGUGAAACCACAUAAAUGUGUGGAAUGUGGAAAGAGUUUCCGUACUAGUGGACACCUUACUAUUCAUCAGAGAACCCACACAGGAGUAAAGCCACAUGAAUGUGUCGAGUGUGGAAAGAGUUUCCGUACUAGUGGACACCUUACUAUUCAUCAGAGAACCCACACAGGAGUAAAGCCAUAUGAAUGUGUCGAGUGUGGAAAGACCUUCAGUCAAAGAGCAAACCUUGCUACACAUCAAAAAUCCCACACGGGGUGAAAUCAUAUGAGUGUGUGGAAACAGUUUCAGUCAUAGUAAUACACAUACACAUUAGUACACAUCAAUGAACCAACAUGGGGAUGAAGGCAUAGAAAUUAAUGGAGUGCAGAAAGAGCUUUAGUUAAAGUAGUAGCUUUACCUUACUUCAAAGAAUCCAUACCAGGGAGAAACCAUAUAAAUGCAUGGUUUGUGUGAAGAGCUUCAGGAAUAGUGGAAAGCUUAUGUGAUAUCAAAGAACCCACACACAAGACAAACUGUUUAAAUGAAUGUGAGGCACAUGCCCAUUUUCAUACACUGCAUAUUUUGUAAUGUUAAUUAUUAUCCUAACACAUUCAUACGUCUGAACUAAAGAGAUAAAAAAGCUCUUAAUUCCAUGAGAAAUAACAGGUAGCAAAAAUGAUCUAACUAGGCCAAGGGAAUUGGGCAGUGAAGUCCAACUCUGAUGUGAAGGAGCUCUGACCAAAAGCAUGAUGGAAUCUCUCUGCGUCAAGGGUUGCACAGAGACACAGAUUUCCCUUCCAGAUUUGUGUUGCAUUCCUUCAGAGAGGAGAGGCACGUUGGAGCUCAGAUUUCGAUCUUGUAUCUCAAACUGCAUUCUGAAAUUUACUUUCCUCUUCACAGAAUUCAUAUGAAAGGAGAGGUGAGAAUGGGGUGAUUUUGUGCUGGGACAGUAAAUUUGCUGGUACUCUUAAAAAACACUUUUUUCUCUUUCCGACACUCUGUUAAACAAUGGGAUUUUCUGUCACACUUAAGGGAAAUCCGCUCUUGGGGACAUGCCAAAAUUAUUAAUUUGUGGGUUCCUGUAACUUAUAGUCUGCAUCCAUGUCUUUAAAACAAUCAGGAAGGCACAAUGGGUUAGGAAAAUUAGGCGGGAGAGUAGCCCAGGGUGCUUUUGUGGUUGCCCAACCUCUGGCCUGUUCAUGAAACUCCAUCUAGACAUCUCUUGAGGACCUUUUUAUGUAGACAUGCUGUGCAACUCUAAUUUUUAGAUCAGCUACUCAUUUUUAUGAUCAUGUUUUUAUAUUUUGUAGUGUAUUAUAUUUUAUUGUGUAUAUUGGUGUACACCAUGUUAUAUUGUAUGAAUGAAUUAUGUAUGAAUUGCCCCACUUACAAAAGAACAUUCAGGAGUGUGCACUAAUGCUCCCAAUCAUUUCUUUUCAUCUGUGAGUUUACAUAGGUGUCCUUAGGGGAGAACAGUCUCAUGGGCCAGAUGAUGACUCUUGUUGGGCCGAAUGUGGCCCAUGGGCUGGAGUUUUCCUAUGCCUCCUGUACUAGGACAGCAGGGAAUACAGUAUGCAUCAAUCAGAGGGCUGAUAGAGUUAAGGUAGAAUUUGGCAAUGGAAGCUGUAAUUAAUUGUAAUUUUGUAACUAGGGGUCAUUAACAUUUUUGGCCCAACGGGCACAUUUAAUUCUGAGAAAAUUCUGGAGUGGCAGUCGCAAAAAUUGCUGCUAUUGGGGGGUGGCAUUGCAUAAAAUGGUUGUCAUUUCUCAAAGAGCUGGGGAUCAGGGAGAUAUAGGCUCUAAAAAUCUGUAGGCAUAUCCCACCAUCAGUGGGUAGAAGGCCCCUCUCCUGUACUCAGAAUGGGUGGGAGGGUGCAUGUCCAGUCCUGGCAUCCAGUGAAAUGUGGACAUGCCUGAGGAGGCUUCUUCAGUGUAGAAGAAGGUGAGCCAGUGCAAACAGGGAGCUGGAAGAGGAAACAGUCUUGCAUACAUUGUGGGUUUUUGAGGGGCUGUAUAUUCAGAUUUUUCAUAUGUCCCACACUGGCAACCCAUGUAAUAGGCAUUAUACCUGAUGUUUUAAUACUGUGUUUCCCACUUUAUUUUCCCAUGUAACUUUACUGUUUCCAUAUAUUUGACUUUCCCCAAGAUUCCUCUAUCUACCUAUCAUGUGCUUUUGAUUUUCCUUUGAUAUUUGUAGAUGAUGUUUUAAUCUUUAAUAAAAUGAAA